AUGGCUGAACAAAAGAUUGACGCAGUUGUGCUUCCCCAAGAACCCAUUGCCAAUACCCUCGAUGAAAAGAAGGGCUUUGGUGUUGAGGAUAAUAACAAGUUGGCUGUCCAUGACUCCGCUUCUGAUCCGGAGAACAUCUUGACCCCAGAUGGAGAGGAGCCGACCGAUCUUGAGAAAGCUACCCUGCAGCAUGUCGCUGAGAAUCUUCCCUUGUCGGCAUGGUUGGUUGCCAUGGUUGAGCUCUCAGAGCGCUUCACGUACUAUGGAAUGAACGGCCUGUUCCAGAAUUACAUACAGCGGCCUCUUGAUGGCAGUCUGGGUCGAGGAGCUCUUGGUGAUGGUGAUCAUUUAACCCCUAUCUUUGGUGCUAUCGUUGCGGAUCAAUACCUGGGGAAAUAUAUGGCCAUCUUCUGGUUCUGCAUAGUAUAUAUCGUCGGUCUCGUCAUCCUGCUUCUGACAUCGCUCCCGCCUUCACUUGCACAUGGUGCUGGCCUGGGCGGCUGUGUCACUGCGAUCAUCAUCAUCGGCAUCGGCACUGGUGGCAUCAAAUCGAACGUGGCCCCCCUAAUCGCGGACCAAUACAAGCGCAAGAAGAUGGCCAUCAAGACCACCAAGAAGGGUCAGCGUGUCAUCAUUGAUCCCGCCCUGACCAUCCAACGGAUCUACAUGAUUUUCUACGCUUGCAUCAACAUCGGCUCGCUCUCCCUUCUGGCCACUCCGUACAUGGAAAGAGAUGUUGGCUUCUGGUCCGCAUUUCUUCUCACGCUCUGUGUCUUCCUUGUUGGAACCUCUGUCCUGAUCCUCGGGCGUAAAUACUACAUCGUCCGCCCGCCAACUGGAUCGGUCAUCACCGAUGCGUUCAGGGCUAUCUGGGUCAUGGUUAAGAACCGGAACAUGGACGCGCCCAAAAACUCCUUCCAGUUGGAGCAUGGUGGCGGCCAGACGUUCCCUUGGAACGACCACUUUAUCGACGAACUCAAGCGCGCCCUCGUUGCUUGCCGGGUGUUCACAUUCUAUCCCAUCUACUGGGUUGUGUAUGGUCAAUUCUCUGGCAACUUUGUUACACAAGCUGGCCAAAUGGAAGGACAUGGCAUUCCGAAUGAUCUCAUGCAGAACUUCGACGCGAUCUCCAUCAUCGUCUUCAUCCCCGUCCUUGACCGCCUCGUAUACCCCAUUCUGCAGCGGCUGCAUAUCCCAUUCCGCCCCAUCAGCCGCAUCACCCUCGGCUUCAUCGUCGGCUCAUUGGCAAUGAUGUACGCCGCCAUCGUCCAGCACCUCAUCUACUCCGCAGGUCCAUGCUACGAGCACCCGCACUGCGAUCUGUCGAUCGUCGACGGCGUCGCGCGCGGCAACCGCGUGCACAUCGGCAUCCAGACGCCAGCAUACGUCUUCAUCGGCAUCUCCGAGAUCUUCGCCAGCGUCUCCGGCCUCGAGUACGCGUACACCAAGGCGCCGCCCUCCAUGAAGAGCUUCGUGCAGUCGAUGUACCUGCUGACCAACGCGUUUGGCUCCGCGCUCGGCGAGGCCCUGCUCCCGGCCGUGUACGACCCCGCCAUCUUGUGGAUGUUUGUGGGCCUGUGCGUCGCGUCGUUCAGUGCCGGCAUCAUUUUCUGGCUCACGUUCCACAAGCUGAAUGACCGCGAGGACGCGAUGAAUGCGCUGGACCUGGUGGGCUUGGAGGCAGAGACGGGUGAGAAGGCCGGAGCGGCUGUGGCUGUCAGGGAAAACGAGCACGCAUGAUUUGUUUUUUUUCUUCUUCUUCUUCUUUUUUUCUCUUUAAGGUAUAUAUAUUUUAUAUAUAUAUAUUUAUUUAUUUUUCUCUUGAAGCCCUGGAAGGUACCUCUUUUGAGCUUUUCGUGUAUGUAUAUAUUUACGCCUAGCUU